UUGAAAGGCAAAGUGUAUAUAUAUAACAGUAACUUCAAUGACAUCUUCUACAUCGUCCCGUGACAAGAGCAAUGAGUAUGACGUCUUUUUAAGCUUCAGUGGUCAAGACACUCGCAGGACCUUCAUCGAUCAUCUUUAUGAUGCUCUUCAGCGCCACGGUAUUCACACUUUCAAGGAUGAUGAGAGACUCGAGAAAGGAAAAAGGAUUAAUGAUGAGCUCUCCAAGUCUAUUAAAACCUCAAAAUUAUUUAUUGUUGUUUUUUCCAAGAACUACGCGUCUUCAUCGUGGUGCUUAAAUGAGCUUGUCAAGAUUAUGGAGUGCCAAAAGACGAAUGAGCAGACUAUUUACCCGGUCUUCUAUGAUGUUGAUCCCUCUGAAGUACGCAAACAACAUGGCCUUGUUGGAGAAGCCCUUGCCGUACAUAAAAAUGAAUUAAAGGUGGUAAAAUGGAAAGAGGCUCUUAGAGAAGCAGCCAAUACGUCUGGGUGGGAUUUAAGGAAGACUGCUGAUGGGCACGAAGCUAAAGUCAUCAAGUUAAUUGUUGAACGGGUUUCACUUGAUUUACGCUCUAUUUAUAUGAAUGUGGAUGAGAAUUUAAUAGGAAUGAAACAGAGGAUGGAGAAUCUUGAGUCAUUUUUAGAGAUCGGUGUUAAUGAUGUUCGAAUGAUAGGGAUUAAGGGGAUGGGGGGUGCCGGGAAGACAACUUUGGCGAGAGUUAUUUUUGAUAGACUAUCUGUUCAGUUUGAAGCUAAAAGCUUUGUUGAGAAUGUCAGGGAAGUUUCAAAAGCGUCAUUGUCUGGUUUGUUGUCUUUGCAGAAACAGAUCAUAUCAGAUUUGUCAAAGGAUCAAGACAACAACGUAAGUAGUGUUCAUGAUGGGAAAAACAUGAUGAAAAGAAAGCUAUGUGGUAGAAAGGUGCUUGUUAUUCUAGAUGAUGUGGAUCACAAAGACCAGCUUGAGGUGUUAGCGGGUGAGGCUAAUUGGUUUAUGCUUGGAAGUAGAAUUAUUAUUACAACACGAGACGAGCAGGUAUUGAUAGCACACAAAGUAAAAUGGAUUUGUGAUGUCAAUCUAUUGUCUGAUGAGGAAGGGUUGUGCCUCUUUAGUAGGUAUGCAUUUGGCAGAAAUAUUCCAAAUGAAGAUUUCAAAAUGCUUUCUUUAAACGUUGUACGAUAUGCUGCUGGCCUUCCCUUAACAAUCAAAGUUUUGGGUUCAUUUCUCUGCGGUAAAGAUGAGCCUGUAUGGAUAGAUGCAAUAGAAAGACUCAAAACAAUUCCAUUGAAGGAUACUCUUGAAAAAUUGGAACUAAGCUAUAUGAGUUUAGAAGAUGAUUACAAAGAAAUGUUCUUAGAUGUUGCAUGUUUCCUGAAGGGUUGGGACAAAGACAAAGCUAUCAGACUACUGUUAAGUUGUGGAUUUCAUGCUAAAACUGGCAUAAGAGUUCUUGAGCAAAAAUCUUUGAUCAUGACUUCUAAAGCAUUUGAUACAGAGUUUCUACACAUACAUGACCAUUUAGAAGAAAUGGGUAAGAAUAUCGUACGCCGUUUGCACCCGGAUGAGCCCAACAGACAUAGCAGAUUGUGGAUUCAAGAAGAAAUUGAAGAUGUGUUGGCUAAUAACUUGGGUACAGAAUUGACAAAAUGCAUCAUUAUGAAAGUCACACCUGAGAUUGUUCUAGAAGGUCUUGGAAACAUGAAGAAACUUAGAUGCCUUAUUGUGGAUUAUAGAAAUUACAAUAAUGGCUUUGUUCAGAAUGGAAAGAUUGAUGGGGAUAGCCCGUACUUACCAGAUACAUUACGAUAUUUUAAUUGGUUUUGUUACCCUCAUUGGUGCUUACCCAAAAGCUUUCGAGCAAAUAAUCUUGUUUCACUGGAAAUGCAUGCCAGCAAUAUUGAACAACUUUGGGAAGGAGGAAAGGUUCUAAAGAAGCUUAUAUCCCUUGAACUACGCCAUUCAAAGUUGAGGACCCUUGACCUUGGGUUGAUUCCUAAUCUUGAGAGAUUGGAUCUUGAAGGAUGUUAUAACUUGGCCGAACUUAAUGUCCCCGUUGGAUGUCUACAAAAACUUACCUACUUAAACUUACGUUGGUGCAUCAGAUUGAAAUCGUUUUCAUUUAUCAAGCAAUUAGGAUCACUUGAGUUUCUUAAUCUUGGUUACUUGUCCCUGUUGAAGUUCCCUGAUAUUAUCCCAGGGCACUCCAAUAAUAGUUUGUUAGAACUAGAUUUUUCAUCCAACUAUAUAGAGGAACUACCAUCAUCAAUUAGUAAUCUUCAUAAGCUUAUUUGUCUAAAACUCAGUGGUUGCAAAAAACUUCAGUAUCUCCCAGAAUGCAUUUUUCGUUUGCAACGUUUAAGAAAUCUUCAUCUUGAUAACUGUGCAAUAAAGGUCUUUCCCGAUGUCGACUGUGGCCAAUUAGAAUGUUUAAACCUUCUAGAUUUAUCGAAUACAAAUAUUACACAACUUCCUGAUAGCAUUUCUCUUCUUAAACAUCUAAAAACUCUCCUCCUUCGACGUUGUGCACUUCUUGAGAAGUUACCUGAUGAUCUUAGCCGAUUAGAAUUUUUGGAGGAAUUAGAUCUAUCGUGUAAUUCUAAGAUAGAAAAUAUUCCUAGCAGCAUCUGUAAGUUGAAGCAUCUUAAAACUCUCAUUCUUGAAGAAUAUGAAGUUCUUAAGUUACCAAAUGAUAUGGGCCAACUGAAAUGCUUGAAGAAACUAAGUCUACGAGGUUCUAAGAUAAGAGAUGUUCCAGACAUCAUUUGUACUCUGAAACAUCUCCAAGAACUUGAUCUAUCUGGAUGCUCUGAACUUGAGAAACUCCCGGGGAACCUCGGAGAGUUGGAAUGUUUAAAAGUGUUAGAUGUACAAGGUACAAGCGUAAGUUAUCUUCCGCAUAGUGUUUCUUUGUUGAAAGGCCUGGUAAUCCUUGAUUCGUUUGUUGAAAGGUCUGGUUACCUGUAGUCUGGUACCAUACCAUUUCUAAAAGAUUCCGUUUAUAACUUACUUUCAUCGCGGACUGGGCAGUCAUUUUGUGAUGCAGAUUUGGAAGUCUAUCUCAUUUGUUAUAUCACAAUAUUAUAUCUUGUAAGUUCUGUAGUGUAAUGUCAACAUUCGAAUGCUAAAUUGUGCAUUGAUUCCACAAGUUAUAGUAUCAUGGGACUUUAAGCUGCUA